AUGAUCAACCAGAACGAAGCAGACUACCCAAUACGAAGAUCUGAAGCUGCACAGGGACGUAGAAGAGGUCGUGGACGCACAGUAAACUUUGGAACGGCGGAAGUAAGGACAUCGUCAAGAAGGGCAUCACUGGACAUAAAUUUCGAAGGUACGUCAAGCAUUAACAGAACUCUCACACCAAACUUGCAUGCAAAUCCGCUCUUGCAACGAAACCUCAGUGAUCUAAAUUCAUCACCACUAACGAGGUCAAGAGCGGCGGCACUGUCGCUUAACGACUUGACCGCCCAACAAGAAAAUAUAAUCAAUGGUGAAAGUCGGGAAGGUUCGACAACCCAAAUCCUUGAUCAAAACACAAACACAGACUCAAAUCAAAUUCCGCCCCAAAAUCCCCCAAAUCACAAUACAUCCGAACCAUCGGUACGCAUAAAUUUUUCCCCCGAAACGAGCACAGCAACAUACUCAGCUCGAACCCAACAAACAAACGUCGAACUUGAAAAAAGCGCAGCAGAUAUUCGAAUAGAAAGCACACCAGACGCAACGUUAACUGAUAGCACCGUAAAUCGGGCACAACCUACCGUAUCGCCAAUUUGGCAAGAACUCCGACCAGUAAUUAAUCUCAUCGAUAUUAAUCGAACUCGACCAUCAAAAGCACCAGUCGAAAAUUCGCCUGAAAACCAACAAGAACAACAAACCGUAAACGCUUCUAUCACAAACGAAGAAAACAGUAACAGUCACCAACCUCAACACAUUGAAGCUAACGUAACAGUAAUUCAACCACCAAAUCCAUCAGCAGGUCAAUCACCAAAUUCGCCGAAAACACCAACAAACGCGUCAAUACCAACAAUACCUGAUUUUACACCAACAACGCGACUGUUACUAAGAGAAACCAUCGUUAGCGGAAUAAACACACAAGCGAAUAGAACAAAACCAAACUCUAACCCGGAAACACCUGUCCGCCCAAUUAUUUCCACUAACCCCAUUAGACCUCCCACAGCUAGAAAUUUAAAUUAUCCAGAAACACCGGGAUUUGCUUUCCGUAAUCCAAUUUUGAAUAGGUUUCUAAAUCAAACCGGUCCCGCAACGCCACAGUUUUCAACACCAGUGGCAAGCCAAUACGCGCCAACACAGCGUGCACAGAGACCAAAAAUGGCAGACGGCCAACAGAAAAAUCAACAGCCAUUUCAACAGCCACCAACAGCUACACCGGCCACAGAUGCAAGCACCUUGCAAGACUUGAUGCGAACAAUGCAACAAACUCUGCAACAAAGUAUGACGCAAAUGAUGCAACAAGCCAUUAACCAAUUGAGGCAAGAAUUUUCAGAUACGGGAACAAGGGGAUCAAGCUACUUUCACAGAAAUGGUAAUGUGAGACCAGACGGUCCAAAUUUGAUAAACGUGCCUCAAGCACCGCCAUCGAGUCGAAACACAGCAAGCGCCGAUGCAACAACACAACCGCAAAAUCAACCAAAUGCAAGUCAAUCGGCGCCAAAUCGCGAUAACGAUCGGAAUUCAAGUGAAAACCGUCAAAGAGUUCAGGGUCGAUCAAUGGGACAACAACGUACUGCAAGAGCAGCACGUUACCCAGACGACGAUCCGAGCGACGAUGGUGAUUCAAGUGAUGAUGGCGACGAUCGUCGUUAUCACCGUCGCAAUGAUGCACGCAGACCACGGAACAAUAAUAAUUAUCAAGUCGAUUGGCAACCUUACAGUGAUAACUUCCAAGACGUAAUUCAACGCGAAAGACGUGAACUGCUGAAUCGACGGCUAAAAGUCAUUAAACCAAUUGCAAAACCAGACGCUGAAAACAUUAGCACAUUCGUAAGAGCAGUAAACAUCUUGAUGAACGCCGUAGAAAGCCAAGAAGAGGAUGAAUAUGUAACCGAAGAGCGAAAAAUGAAAGUCACAGCUGUGGAAUUUAUUCCAAUUCAAAACAUCAUGAAUUGUGUCAUAUGGACUGAAUUGCGCACCUUGUUGGAAAGAGAAUACAAAGCAACAAACACGGAAAAUGCACUCGAAGCAAAACUUAAGUCAUUGACACAAAAGCACGCUGAAACGAUUGCUGAAUUUGGUGAAAGAGCUCGUAAAUUGUUUCACGAAUACGAAGCACAUUAUGAAGGGGCCACAGAAGUGCCACUUGUAUCAACAAAGAUCGCGCCAUCCGUCAAAGGCCAUACCAAGAUCCACUGUUUGGUAAGAGCCGCUAAUGAAGCUUCGAUCAACAACGUGAACAAUAACAACAACGGCAAUCGGUCAAAUGGCGGCAACGGCCAACGAAAUGGCAAUAACAACGGCAACAGAAACGGUUCAAACGGUCAUCGAAAUAACAAUAACAUCCAACAGAGCAACAACCAACAUGGCAACAAUCGGAACUCAAACUACAACAACAACAAUAGAAAUCCAAAUUAUUUGGGCAGAAACUACGACCCAAAUUUCAACAACAGAAACUCAAACAACGGCAACAACAACAACAACAACGGAAGCAGCGGCAACAAUUAUCAACGUAACAACGGCAACUAUCAACGCAACAACAACAAUCAACGGGGUAACUAUAAUGCUAACAACAACGGCAAUAACAACCAAAACAAUCAACAGAGAAGCAACUCUCAAUCAAAUCGCCAAAUGAACGCUAUACAAACCGAUCAUGCUGAAGAGAUACACGAAGACAAUGCGGAAAACUAA